GUUGUAAACUCGCGCACGUUUUCUGCUAAAAAUUAUAAACAGGCGUUUUGAUUUUUGCAGAAUAUUUAUAUAUUGCUAUUCAAUUUGUAAACAAGUGAAAAUUUCAUAAGCAAAUGGGCGACGAAACAGAGCAGCUUAGCCAGGUGAUUCUGCCGGUGAAAGAGCCCUUGGAUCUCAUCCGGUUGAGUUUGGAUGAGAAGGUGUAUGUCAAGAUGCGCAACGAACGGGAACUCCGAGGACGUCUCCAUGCCUUCGAUCAGCAUCUGAAUAUGGUGCUGGGCGACGCGGAGGAGACGGUGACCACCGUGGAAAUCGACGAGGAGACCUACGAGGAGGUGUACAAGACCGCCAAACGUACUAUUCCCAUGCUGUUUGUAAGAGGCGAUGGAGUCAUCCUGGUUUCGCCUCCCAUGAGAGUGGGCUAGCAAGUCCCCUUGCUCAGUUUUAAGUGCAAUCGCCUGCAUUUAUACAAACUGUAUCUGUAUAGGUUAAUAAAAAUCUUUAAAACAUAA